AUGCCUUUCUCAUCAGCCAUCGCCAAACCAAUGCAGCUGGUCUCCCGUGUCAUGCAAUGGACCAGUUCCGUCAUUGUCAUGGGCUUGACUGCACACUUUAUCCACCACGGGCCCCGCGGUCAACAUAUCCUCUUCCAGGAAGUCAUCGCUGUGCUCUCUGUCGUCUUCUUCCUUCCGGGCUUCAUAUCUCCCUUCCUCCCCAAGGCACUGGGCAGAUUUGUCCUCGGUAUUGAUAUCGUCUUCUCUUACCUCUGGUUGACCUCGUUCAUCUUCUCUGCCCAAGACUACAGCACGAGGGCAUGCUACUUCACCUCCCCAUCUGGGGUCGGUUGUACCCGGAAGAAGGCGAACGAGGCCUUCAUCUUCUUGGCUUUCAUCUUUACCUUCUUCGGCAUGUUUCUUGAAGUCGCGGCUCUUUGGGCCUAUCGCAAGGAGAACACCCACGCCGUCCACCAGCCUGCUGUCUCCGAUAAGGAGGCCGGUCCACGUCAGCCUCUUGAUGCUCCGGCUGCUACUCCCGCCGCCAUCUAA